AUGCCGGCUCUGCCAGCACUGCUGCUGUCGAUUUAUGUUGUCGUCCUGCUGCUGACUAUGGCACCUCUCUUCUUCAGCCAGGCCAACACCCUAUCUGCCGUCCGGAUGGCGGCCAUUUUGGAUGACCAGUCUGUGUGUGGUCGUGGUGAGCGUCUGGCUCUGGCUCUGGCCAGGGAGAACAUUAACAGUCAGAUGGAGGGUUCUGCCCAGGCCAGGGUAGAGGUGGAUGUCUACGAGCUACAGAAGGAUUCCCAGUACGACACCACUGACACCAUGUGCCAGAUCCUGCCUAAGGGCGUGGUCUCAGUGAUCGGCCCUGCCUCCAGUCCCGCCUCAGGGUCGACAAUCAGUCACAUCUGUGGGGAGAAAGAGAUUCCUCAUGUGAAGAUUGGCCCUGAAGAAACCCCAAAACUGCCAUACCUACGCUUCGCCUCGGUGACUCUCUACCCGAGUAACGAAGACCUCAGCCUGGCCAUCGGAUCCAUCCUGCAGUCCUUUGGCUACCCAACAGCUAGCCUCAUUUGUGCUAAAGCAGAGUGCCUGCUCCGAUUAGAGGAGCUUGUUCGCCACUUCCUUAUCUCCAGAGAGACGCUGUCGGUGCGAAUGCUGGAUGAAAGUCUGGAUCCCACCCCUUUGCUGAAGGAGAUCCGUGAUGACAAAGUGGCUACCAUCAUCAUCGAUGCUAAUGCCUCUAUAUCUUAUCAUAUUCUCAGGAAGGCUAACGAGCUGGGGAUGAUGUCAGCCUUCUACAAAUACAUUCUCACCACCAUGGAUUUCCCUCUGCUCCAGCUAGAUGAUGUGGUGGGUGACCAGUCCAACAUCGUUGGUUUCUCCAUGUUGAACAUUUCCCAUCCUUUCUACCUGGAUUUCAUCAGGAGCCUGAACCUGUCGUGGAAAGAAGGGUGCAGCAUCAACCCAUACCCAGGACCUGCGCUGUCAUCUGCCCUGAUGUUUGAUGCUGUUCACGUGGUGGUGAGCGCCGUGCGGGAGCUGAACCGCAGUCAGGAGAUUGGCGUGAAGCCACUGAGCUGCACCUCCCCCCUCAUCUGGCAACAUGGGACCAGCCUCAUGAACUACCUACGCAUGGUAGAAUAUGACGGUCUGACAGGCCACAUUGAGUUCAACAGUAAAGGACAGAGGACCAACUACACCCUGAAGAUCUUGGAGAAACACCCUGCAGGCCAUAAAGAAAUUGGCACUUGGUAUUCCAACAACACAUUGGCAAUGAACUCAACUUCUUUGGACCUGAAUGCCUCAGAAACACUAGCUAACAAGUCCUUAAUUGUCACCACGAUACUGGAAAACCCAUAUGUAAUGCGCAAGUCCAAUUAUCAGGGCUUCCAAGGAAAUGACCAGUACGAAGGUUUUUGUGUGGACAUGCUGAGGGAGCUGGCAGACAUCCUGAAGUUCUCCUUCAAGAUUAAGCUGGUGGAUGAUGGGUUAUAUGGAGCACCUGAACCUAAUGGCAGCUGGACCGGCAUGGUGGGGGAGUUGAUCAACAGGAAAGCUGACCUGGCCGUCGCCGGCUUCACUAUAACCUCAGAGAGGGAGAAGGUAAUUGAUUUCUCCAAGCCAUUCAUGACUCUGGGAAUCAGCAUCCUCUACCGAGUGCAUCUGGCUCGAAAACCAGGUUACUUUUCCUUUCUCGACCCGUUUUCUCCUGCUGUUUGGCUUUUCAUGCUGCUGGCCUACCUUGCUGUCAGCUGUGUUCUCUUCCUCGCCGCCAGGCUCAGUCCUUAUGAGUGGUACAACCCUCACCCAUGUUUACGGGAGCGGCGGGACAUCCUGGAGAACCAGUACACACUGGGAAACAGUCUGUGGUUCCCAGUUGGAGGCUUCAUGCAGCAAGGCUCAGAGAUUAUGCCGCGGGCCCUGUCCACCCGCUGCGUCAGCGGAGUCUGGUGGGCGUUUACUCUCAUCAUAAUCUCUUCCUACACGGCCAACCUGGCGGCGUUUCUCACCGUACAGAGAAUGGAGGCGCCGAUCGAGUCUCCUGACGACCUGGCAGACCAAACCAACAUCCAAUAUGGCACCAUACAUGGAGGGUCCACCAUGACCUUCUUCAUGAACUCGCGGUACCAGACGUACCAGCGAAUGUGGAACUACAUGAAGUCCAAGCAGCCCAGUGUGUUUGUGAAGAGCACAGAAGAGGGAAUCGCCCGUGUCAUCAAUUCCAAGUACGCCUUCCUGAUGGAGAGCACCAUGAACGAGUAUUACCGCAGCCUAAACUGUAACCUCACGCAGAUCGGAGGACUGCUGGACACAAAGGGAUACGGCAUCGGCAUGCCGCUGGGCUCUCCAUACCGAGAUGAGAUCACGCUGGGGAUCCUGCAGUUGCAGGAGAGCAACAGGCUGGAGAUUCUGAAGAGACGCUGGUGGGAGGGAGGCCAGUGUCCUAAAGAGGAGGACCACCGAGCCAAAGGUCUCGGCAUGGAGAAUAUUGGCGGGAUCUUUGUAGUUCUGAUUUGUGGCCUCAUCGUAGCUGUGUUUGUGGCCAUCAUGGAGUUUGUGUGGUCAACUCGCCGCACCGCUGAGACAGGCGAGGUCUCUGUUUGUCAGGAGAUGUUGACAGAGUUUCGAAAUGCAGUUUCUUGUAAGAAAAGUUCCCGGGCUCGUCGGCGCCGCCCCCUGAGCAGUGCUGGGGGUGGAGUUCUGCGUCAUCCCUCCCGACUAGCUCUAGCAGGCCCUAGGCCAAUUCGGCUAGUCCGAGAGAUGCGACUCAGCAAUGGGAAACUCUACAGUGGCACUGGACCCCUGACUGGGGGUUUGGCUGGGCUGGGGGCAGGUAUGGCAACAGGACCUGAUUUGGGCCCAGGGCCACAGAGGCUCUUGGACGAUCCAUUAGGCGUCAACUCCUCCUCUAGUAACCCUCCUCCACCUCCCCCUAUGCCAGCCUUUGAGGCUCCGCCCGCCCCGCCACGCAGCUUCCUGCAGAGCUGCAGCCAUGUCCGCAUCUGCCAGGAGUGCCGGCGGAUCCAAAGUCUGCGGCCAGUCACACUCACCCCUCCUCCGCCUCCUCCACCUUCUUCCUCCUCUUCUGCCUCGUCCUGCUCCCGUAUCCCUCCUUCGCUGGCGAUGUCGGGACAUCACCAUCGCCAUAAUCCCCACCACCACCUCCACUACCACCACGGAUCCAUGUCAUUACCCCGCCUCCCUCCUCCUCCUCCCCCAAUCUCAACAGACAGAGCCGACAGUGAUGGGGGAACAGCGAGCCCACUACGGGCGACAAACAGACCCGCACCUCCACCCAGGCCGCCACCUGCCAAAGGACCAACAUACCCACCAACGGACUUACUUGGGGGACACAAUUGUGCUUAAAAACAUUGAGUAAAGACUCAAAAGAUACAUUUUAAAACAUUCAAACUUUUCCUUUGGCCCUAGCAACACAGCUGUACCUGUCCAAACUCCUGAGGAAGAGAAGAGAAGAAACUAUUUGGACCCAUUUGUAAGUUGGAUCCCUCAAAGUGGAGCCUUUGGCUCAGUUCAUACUACAUCCUUUACUGAGUGAUGAUUGAUUCUAAGCCCUCUAACCUGGCAGCGGAGAGGAUUAAAUAAAUUGAACUCUGGAAUUUGCAACUUGAAGCAGUUGCACGAAUAGGCAGAGAAUUAGCGAACAACUUCAGAUUCAGUCCACCAUCUCUUACCUCGCAAAUCCUCCCACUGCAAGAAUAGACGACUUUGAGACACAAACAGGUAGAGGUCACCGUUGUUUUUGUUUUGUUUGUUUUUUUCUUUAUUUUCAUUUCAAUACUGAAGUAGGUGUUUGUGUAAGAGGAUACCUUCCCGCAGACAAGUGGUAGCAGAGCAGUUGUACAGUAAUCAUGGUCUUCUGUCACACUUUUGGACGUUUGUGGAAGGAGGAUGUAGCUUUUUCCCCAUUCUGUUUUUGCUGUUUGUAAAGAUUCCUGCUGGCUGGUGCUGUGAUCCACAGAGCAGAUAAACAAAAAAGUAAUUACUUGCCUAAAGUGUACAAAACUGUGCUGAGGUAGUUCUUGUGUUGCAUAGAAAAUGUAUCAAGUCAGAAAAAUGCACUGUGAGGCAUCUGAAGGUAAAGGGCUGAGAAGCAACAAGAGUUCAUUAUUUUUAUAAAGAAAACAACAAAAAACAAAGAAAAAAAGUUUGAAAUCUUUGAGAUGUCAUGUUACACAACUUCAAGAUGUGACAACCAGUUGCAUAGCAAUGUUUUUAGGUAAAAAAACAAAGGUAUUUUUAGCAUUGUUUGGGGAGAAGAACAUCACUUAAGGCCUUUGCACACCAUGUCUCAGUUCUUCAGUUUAUGUCAGCAGAGUAAUCAUGCACAUGAAUGUCUAAAAUUAAAUCAGAAAAACUGUCUGAUGUGCAUCAACCAUUCAGAUAUAAAGAACAUGUAACUGUUUAUAGAAGUGUGUGGUCUUCUUUUAGAUGUGCUGAUCCAGUAUUAUCAGCAGCAUGCAUGAAUCGAUCGUGAAAUGGUCACAUUUGUUUUUUCAGCUGAAGUCUUCUUCAUGCUUGGUUGGAUGGACCAGCUUUUUACUUAUUUUUCUACUGUAAACGACAACAAAACCGCCUUGACAAUAUAGCAUUUCUAUUCUGCCUUGUAUUGUAAAAUUUCCACAAAGGUUUGAUUAAUUAAACCCUUGGGACAACAUUUGCUAGCUUUUGGCACUUUCAAAUUUGUUAGAUGAUGGAUUAAGACAAUAUAAUAUGUGUAGACUUGUGCAAAGGCCUUUUGGUUUGUAGUUUUUAAUUUAGCAUAUAAGGCUAUUUCUAUUAUCGAAUGACACUGAUGUCACAAAAUGGAUGAGCAGGUGAAUUUAACAUACACCUCAAGAUGUCACUUUAACAUAUAUUUUUAUACACAUUAGGUUAAUGUAAAAUUCAGAUGUAUAAAAUUUAUACUGAGUCAAGUUAGCAGUCUGAAACUCUUUCUUAGCAUGCUAGGCUAAGUGAGGCUAACAGGAAUGGAAAACUAAUUUCAAGCAGUAAGCUUCCAGUAAGCAGUCAAAUGGGGAUAAAAAGUGAAAGGAUCCAGAUCUUAUUUUAGAAAAUUAUCUUUCAUCCAGCCAAAAAAUAUCAGUUUUCUAUAAUUUUAUGUGAAACCAAGCUGCUUAAUUAGGUAAAUAGCAGGGUUAUUUCCACAACGUUAGCCAUAGCUUAAAGCUAGCUAGAAUGUUCCUCUAAAUACAAAACCUUCAACCAGACUUAGCAAUUUUUUUAAUAAGGAUGAUUAAGUGGCCACAAUUGGAAUACAAAAUAUAUUAUUCAAGUGCAUUAAAACUGGAAAAUAUUGUUUCAGAUAAUAAUCAGAAUAACAAGAUUUGUACCAAUUGAAAUUUUUAUCCCCUAAUACUGAUCCAAGUAAUUUAAGAUCAGUAUAUCGGCAAAAACCGAUAUGUAUCGAUAUAUCACCCUACAGCUUAAAUGUCCAAUGAAAUGCAUUAGAUUCAUGGUGUAACUGUGUCUCACCAAUGAGAAUUUAGAUGCUAUAAUAUUUCCUAUUUGUCUUUCUUUUACUGUAGGAUAACUCUUGUAUGUUUCCUCUCUCUGGUUAUGACUUGGUAACUCAGCUCAUAAAACAUUCUUGUGUCAUUUCAGUAAUUCUUGUGCAGACAAACCUUACAGAGAAAGUUCUUCUGCUUCUUAAACUUGGACUUGUUCUUUGAUCGUUGUCAGAUCUAAUAGCUAAAUGGAGAUGCAUCUGAACACAAAGUGCGGAGCGGGUCAUAUGACAGAAAUGGGAACUGCUUGUAGUUUAUCUUUCACUCUGAGUAUCACUGUUAAGGGGGAAACAGUUCAAUUAUGUACUUGGCAUGCAAUGCAGUUUUGCAAUGCAUGCCUGUACAGGUUUGUCGUGUGUUUUUGCACAUAUCAAUCAAGAUUAAACCACAAAACUUACAGUAAUGAAAUGCCUCGACGUGGAUGCCCUCGAGGAACGCAAGUUGAUCCUCCGGUCUUAUCGAGUGUUUUUUGUUUGACUGCACAUAAAAUGUUCAUGUUACUAAACUAACCAAUUCGUAUUGGUAAGUUUAGUAAAUGUUUUAAGGUGUAGAUGUGACCAAGCUAAUGCAGCUUUGUUACGAUUUAAAUUUCUAAUGCCAUAUUUUUUUGUUUGUUUGUCUGUUUUAUGGAUGAAGAAAAUUAAAACACUGAAAACUGUGAUCUUUCAAAUGAUGUUCAAUUAUAAAAACCACUGAAUUGUUGUGUGCUUUCGCUACUUUAAUGCUGUCUAUUUACAGUGCAGGAUAUGUGGAUUCAAUAUUCACUGAAUUGUUUUAGUUUUUGUAGAGCAUAUCUAAGAUAUUCAAAAGAAAUGGCAGCUUGGGAAGAAGAAAAGCCCGACUGCAAUGAUACUUGACAUACCAUUGGCUGGUGUUUGCAAAGCAACAAUCUAGGACUGUCAUCUUCCUUUGGCGUUGAUUUUCUUUGCUGCUGUUCCCCUAAGAGUGAAGAUAAGAAAGACCAUGGAUGUUAAGUUGUCCAGUAUCAUGAGAGUAGUAAGGUAUUUGUUGUUUAAACUAUUAAAUGAGGCAUUUAUAAGCAUUUAGCGGGGAUCUCAAGUACUUGCAAAUUUCAGCUUUUGCUAAGCAGGUAUGGUCCCAAACCCCAGCAAAUACCGAGGAUGCACUGUAAUGUUUAGGGAUUUUUAUUUCUUAAUGUUGCAGUAAAUUUUGCAAACCUAAUAAAAAAUCCAAAGUUGUGUUAAUUAAAACUAUACGGACCCUUUUACCUCUGAUAAAGAUGCUUGAAAAAGAAAUUUACUGAACAUACAGAUAGUGAAGAACUACCUCAGUGCAGUUCCAUCUGGUUUAGGUCAGUUUAUUCAGUUUAUGCUGAUUUUAGGCUGUUUUUGUGGCUCAAAGAAGCUUGGAAACUUUGUACUGUACACACACCUAAGAACACACAUGCAGAAACAUAUUUGACUGUAAACUUGGUGGCCAAACCGAAGGAAAACAACACACUAAAUUUGUGAUUGUAUUUUCAUUGUGUCCAAUUGGAGUGUUACUUGCAAUAUUAUUAUAUUUUUUUAUAUAAUGGAAAUUUUUCUUGCAAGAUUAAUUUAUAAUCAAAUUCCCCGACCCUGGAUCAUCAUAAACAUGUUGGUUAUGAAGAGCAGUUCCACAUGUAAAGGCUUGUGUUACUGUGAUUAGAGAAAAAUGAAACAUUGUUUUGAAGAGCAGUGCCUGUACAUUUUUAUUCAUUUUGUGAUUUUAUUUUACUUUUUCAUAUAAACUGUAAUAUCGAGGCAGCAGCAAAUGUGGAGAAUGUUGAUGAAAACCUAAAUGUCACUGACUAAUUAAGGUAUGUUCACGCUGGGGUGUGUAUGGGUGUGUAAGACUGUGUGCUUGGCUAUCUUUGUGAGAACUAAGGUGAGUUCAGGCGUUGAAAGUUUCAGAUCCAGGUCUGAAUGGGGCUGAAGUCAUUGGCAUGUCCUCACAAACUCAUCUAUCCAUGUGUGAACAUUGUUCUGUUGCACAUUUGACUAUGUUUGGUUUUUGUUUUUGUUUUCCUCCCUCAGAUUUGUACCAGCAGAUUUCAGCUGUUCACACCAGAACAGGGAUGACAGAAGGACACUAUUCUGAUGAUUCUGAUGUUAUCAUGAUUAUUAUCAAUAUUGAUGUGUGGGGUGACUCUAGGAGGGGUUCCUCCCUCUGGUGUUCAAUAUAUAGAAACAUAUUUGGAAUAAAAAAAAACUUUUAAAAAGUCAUUGUAUUGAAAAUG